AUGUUGAUAGAAAACGUGGUAAAGUCGGAAAUGUUGGGCAAAAUCCGGAUUAAAGAGAAAGUUACUCAAUAUGUAUACGACGGCCAGGACUUGAUUACCGACGAUCAGAAAAAGCGUUUUAACGAAAAUGAUGAUACGACUACUGAUGAAUCAAACGGUACCAUCGAUCGGGGACAAAUUAAUGAUGAUGAUCAACUUUUGAUGAACGGCACCAGUAUUGACGACAAAUUGCAACUUGAUCAAAAGUUAGAGAUAUAUUGGGUCAAUGUAAUAACUUUUGCGCUAUUGCACGUGGCAGCCUUGUAUGCAAUUUACGUUGGUGUGACCCAGGCCAAAUUACUAACACUGCCCUACAUGUAUCUGGUGGGCCAACUUACAUCAUUUGGCUUUUCGUGCGGAGCGCAUAGACUAUGGACGCACCGGUCGUACAAAGCGAAAGCACCGCUACAAUACAUACUCGCCUUUCUAUUUAUGAUGAGCUUUCAGCACAACCUAUACAAGUGGUGUCGCAACCAUCGCGUGCAUCACCGCUACUCCGACACCGACGCCGACCCCCACAAUAUAAGGCGUGGCUUAUUCUUCGCCCACAUCGGGUGGCUUAUGUGCCAAUCGCACCCCCGUGUGCUGGAGGCGCGCACAAAAGUGUACCUAGAUGAUUUGGACUGGGACCCAGUGGUGCAGUUUGAGCGCCGCUAUCACAUGACCCUCGGCCCGAUAGUGUGGGGCGUAUUACCCGUAUUGAUACCAUACUAUGUCUGGGGUGAGAGUCUGUGGGCGGCGUGGUUUACGUGCGUGAUAUACCGGUACGUGGUGACUCUCAAUUUAGCGUGGAGUAUUAACAGCUUGGCCCACGUUUACGGCAAUAAGCCUUACGAUAAACACAUUAUGGCUACGGAAAGUCCAAUCAAUCACGUUCUGAUGGGCGAAAGUUAUCACAACUAUCACCACACGUUUCCAUGGUAA